AGCAAAGCCAGUUGUAUUUCUCGAUCACGCCACGACCUCCUGCCGUUCCGAUUAGGAAAAAAGUUUUCUUCUUUGCUCUGCUUUUCGUGUUCAUCUUCACAAGGAGCAAUGGCCAAGAGUUACUUCAAGCAAGAGCAUGAUCUUGAGAAGAGACGUGCAGAGGCUGCUAGGAUUAGGGAGAAAUACCCAGAUAGGAUUCCGGUGAUUGUGGAGAAGGCAGAGAGAAGUGAUGUACCAAGCAUAGACAAGAAAAAGUACCUUGUCCCAACUGACUUGACUGUAGGACAGUUUGUUUAUGUGAUCCGCAAAAGGAUCAAACUGAGUGCAGAGAAGGCAAUCUUCAUAUUUGUGGACAAUGUUCUUCCACCAACUGGUGCCAUUUUGUCUUCCAUAUAUGAAGAGAAGAAGGAUGAAGAUGGAUUUCUUUAUGUUACUUACAGCGGAGAGAACACAUUUGGGGAGCAGAUUCUGCUGUAACCUUUGGUGGAUCAUUUCAGCAUUCCUGUAUUCACCCCUUAAGCAUCAUUGUGCAUAUGAUCCUUAAUUGCAAUCUCGAAUUCUCCAUUACUGUGGAUUGUGGCAGUCAUUUGGUUAUUGUCUUAUUUAAAGACCUGCUGGUGAUAUAAUUGUACAGUUACAUAACCUUAAGUUAUCGUCUUCAUAGUUCUUGGCUUUAGUAGUUGAUUUUUCAUUUUAAUUGCAAAGUAGUAUUGCUGAUAAUCAAAGGCUCCUGGUAGC